AUGCCGGAUGGAACCGAGCGGAAUGACGCCGAAUCAGAUUUCCUAGACUGGGGCACCGCUAUCGCCGCACCUGCUGCUCCGUCUAACUGGCAAACCAUGGAUUCCAACUCCAUGGCUAGCUUCUUUGCUCAGAUGGCCCGCGGCAGCGAGGUCAUCCUGCAAACUCCCGCCGGCUCCACCUCUACCCGAGGUGAAAGUCUACUUGACAAGAUACUCGACGGCGAUGAGGACUUCGAAUGCCUUAAAGACGCCAGCCCGGCCGUGUGGGGCCGAACCACCGACGGCGACGAAUACACCGGCCCCUCUUCCGGUAUAUCCACCGUGUCCGACCUCGGUCUGAAUUGGAUUCGAGGAAAAGUGCCCGACUCGGAUCUUCUUUGCGAGACAAUCCAGGACAUAAGAAACGCCAUCCUCAGCCAUAUUCGCCAGCCGAAGUGCGUCACGCAAGACUUGCCACUCGUGCUAUCGACAACUCAUCAGAAUCUAGACAUUUCUCGGCGGCAGUUGCUUGAAUACAUCGACGCCUAUUUCUCGCAGGUUCAGGUUAUCUUCCCUAUUUUAGACCGGGAUACCUUUAAUGUUCAAUUGGCUGAAAUGGGAGAUGGCUCUGGUGAUGUUCAAAAGCCGUCUUGGGCGGCAUUAUUGAACGUCGUCGUUGCUUCGGGACUCCGAGCUUCGCUCUCCGAUGAGACUUCCGAGGCAUUUCGAACAUCUGGGUCUGAGGCGUGGAGAUACUUCCAGUCAGCUCUAUCCUACGAGUCCCAAAUCGUUCAUGGCGCCACCGAUCUACUCGCCGUGCAAGCAGUGGCUUUGAUGGCCGUCUUUGCGCAAGGGCUGUCCAGUCCUCAGAGGCUCGAGUAUACUCUCUCCUCGGUCGCUACACGGCUAGCGCAGAGUAUUGGACUCAACUGCGCCCCGCCUCCUGAAUGGAACCUCUCUGAUGCUGAGAAAAAGGAGCGGAAUCGCGUCUUCUGGGCAGUCUAUUGUCUGGACAAAUCAAUCGCCCUACGAUGUGUGUCCAACCCAUAUGGUAUCUGUAACCAGAGCGACAUAGCCCUCAUGGAAACAGUCGUUGGAUUCUUCGGUCGCCUCGAGUACGUCACAUCCGGUGAAGCUGCCUUCACAAAGACAACAGAAUUUGUUCGACAGGCCCGGAAAGUUAUCGACAGUUACAAGAACAAGGGCGAUAACCGAAGUAUCCAGAGCACAACGAGCUAUGAGGAUCUCAUGAAAUCUAUGGAGAUGUCCCUUCAGGGUGGUGCCUCUACGCAAGGUAGGCCAGCAGAGGUGACGGGUGUCUACGCAUGCAAUUCGAUCACUACCAGCCAAGACGUCAAUGCAUCUGAUAUCACGGGCACUAGUUUGCUCCCCCAGGCCGAAUCUUCGCGAAUGGAGACCGUCAGCGAAGAAAACCAUUCUGUGUCAGGCGUCCCGAGCGUACGAGAGAUAGAGAUUUCGCAAAGUGGCUAUACGCUUUACUCCGACCUCGCUGGUCUUACGGUACCCAACACGGAAGACUCGAUCCAAGUCCAGUGGUAG